AUGUAUGUUCGCACACCCAACACCUUCUUAGUUCACUUGUUUAAAAGGAGAAGAAAGCGAAAGAUGUCGACGGCGUUGACGGAGGAAGAUAUCAAGAGAUUGUACAGAAUAAGGAAAACAGUGAUGGAGAUGUUAAGGGACAGGAAUUACUUGGUUGGAGAUUUCGAGUUGGAGAUGGAUAGAAGACAGUUUAUUCAGAAAUAUGGAGAUAACAUGAAACGUGAAGAUCUAGUCAUCAGCAAAUCCUUGAAGAACGAUAGCUCUGAGCAGAUCUAUGUCUUCUUCCCUGAUGAAGCAAAAGUUGGAGUGAAGACAAUAAAGAAUUAUAUAAACCGUAUGAAAUCAGAGAAUGUCACCCGAGGAAUCUUGGUUGUGCAACAAAAUCUCACUCCCUUCGCAAGAACUUGCAUUAGUGAGAUAUCUGCUAAAUUUCAUUUGGAGGUUUUUCAGGAAGCAGAGUUGCUAGUGAAUGUAAAAAAUCAUGUUCUAGUCCCCGAGCAUCAGGUUCUUGCAAAUGAAGAGAAGAAAACAUUGCUCGAGAGAUACACAGUAAAAGAAACACAGUUGCCUCGAAUUCAAGUGACAGAUCCAGUUGCUAGAUAUUAUGGGCUAAAACGUGGGCAGGUUGUGAAAAUCAUUAGACCAAGUGAGACUGCUGGGCGAUAUGUUACUUACAGAUAUGUUGUCUGAAUAAGUGUCUGGAUUGUGAACUUGGAUUAUUCAGUUUUGUUGUGGUGUAAUACUUUUGUUAAAAUCGCAUUAUUAACAUUAGCAAGUCUCUUAAUGUGACAUUCAUGAUGGAUGGAAGUCGAAAUUGGUUAUAUCCGUUAUUAGAGUAAAUAUAAG